AUGAGAAGAAAGCUCCCAGCCACCGUCCCUCCCAAGGACCCCGGAACACUUCUUUGGCAGGUAGAAAUGGGAGUAUGUCUGUCCCAGCGCCAUGAGACGCUCCUUGGGGAAAAACCGUCCGAAAGGACCGAAAGAGGACCUUACCACGCGCACGACUCGCCGAUCCUCCCUCGGGAUCCCGCCGUCGUCUGCCUCAGCCCGCAGCCCGGUACCGUGUUCAGAACUGCUACCCCUGAGCCUCGCUUGGACACCGCCGGAAACGGAAAUGCGCCCACACACGGACUCUACACUCCGACGGGAAACAAGAAGGCCGAAGAAAGAGCCCGGCGGACGGACGACUUUCAGGAGGGCGGGCGCAAAGCCCCGCUCCACUCUGCGCGUGCGCGCGCGUUCCCUGCAGCGGCGUGGAUCUGGCAGUGGAACCCGCAGUGGACUGGGGCUCCUCUCUCCCCGGAGUCUCCUGCGGGUCCCUCCGGAGAGCCCCAGGCAGCGCGUCCUCGGCUGGGAGUCGGGAAACCGCCCUGUCCGAGCCAGCUGCGUCAGCCGUGGGGCCGGCCCCAGGACCGCUCGCUCAUCCUCCGAGGAGAACGAGAGGAGAAAUGUAUAAUGGAAGAUAUUCCAAGUGACACUUUGAUAACAGGGACUUUCAAGGUACAGAAGUGGGAUAUAGGCAGACAUGAUUUCCUUGAAUCUGCUCCAGGUUUGGGAAUGUUUGUGACUGUUACAACUUACAAUGAUGAGGUAUUGCUGUCAAAGUUAUAUGGCCCACAAGGAACAUUCUAUUUUACUUCCCAUUCAUCUGGUGAGCACAUCAUCUGCUUAACAUCUAAUUCGACAAAGAUCUGGUCAUUUGGAGGGAGUGAUCUGCGGGUCCACUUAGAUAUUCGAGUUGGAGAACAUGACCUUGAUGCAGCCAUGGCACAGGCAAAGGACAAAGUCAAUGAAGUCAGAGUGAAGCUUGAACAUCUAAUUGAGCAAAUGCAGCAAAUAGUCAAAGAACAAAACUAUCAAAGGGAUCGAGAAGAAAAUUUUCGAAUGACCAGUGAAGAUACCAAUGGCAAUGUUUUAUGCUGGGCUCUUGCACAAACAUUAAUCCUUAUCUCGGUUGGACUUUUCCAAAUGAAAUACCUUAAAGACUUCUUUAUAGCUAAGAAGCUUGUUUAAAAGUUAUUCAUAAUGUUCAAAAAUUGAUUGAACAAUUUAUGAUACACAACUAUAUGCUGGUACUGUGAACAACUGAUUGUACACUGUGGACGACUGCAUGUGUGUGAAUAUAUCUCAAUAAAACUGAAUUUAAAAAA